AUGCGGAGCGGAUUAUAAAAAAUCAGAUGCAUUAUUACUAAAUUCAUAGCCUUUUAUUAAUUGAAGAUAUUUAAUCAAAUACGAAUGAUAACCACUUUUAAUAAAUAUGAAUAUUACACCCAACCCAUGACAAUCCGAACCGAAGGUUGUCAUCCCUAUCCCAAGUAUAAAAGGAGUUUGGGUGUAAUUGUGACAAGAACCCGAUCCGGUGCUGAGAAGGGUGAGCGCGGAGAAGUAGCGAGAAGAAGGAAAUGGCGUCGAACGCGGCGAUGCCGUUCUGGAGAGCAGCGGGGAUGACUUACAUCACAUACUCGAACAUGUGCGCCAACAUGGUGAGGAACUGCCUCAAGGAACCCUACAGAUCUGAGGCGAUGAGCCGCGAGAAGGUCCACUUCGCCUUCUCCAAAUGGGCUGAGGGAAAGCCCCAGAAACCCACUAUUCGCUCAGAUACGCCUGGCGAAUGAGGUUAAUCGCAUCACUUUUGGCUGGGUAUGGAUCAACAUUUGCACAGCCAUGCUAUCUUAUUCCAUGUUUAGAGCACUUUGGUAAUAAACAACGUCCGCUUUACUUGAUAAAGUGUGAAACUUUUCCCUUCCCCUUUCUGUUGGAGGAUAUUGUUUUUGGCUGUUAAAUCAAUGGCAUUGCGAUUAUCAUCUUUUCGACACUGGUGUAUUGCAUGUUCCUUUUGUUUCCUGUUUUUACCAUCUGGAUUCUUGUCGUGGGUUCUCGUUUUUGCGGAAUCAAGAACCGAUGCUGCUUACAAAUUUACAAUAGUAACCUCUAUUUGCACUAUAAUAUAUCGAUAUUAUAGGCUUGGU